AUGUUAUUAUGACAUCCGAACUAACAGUUAUAAAAAAUCAUAGCCAGGGAAAAAAACAUAAACAAAAUAUUAGAGAUACUAAAAAUACUAUUAAAGAAUCAUUUUUAUCAAAUGAAUCUACAUUAUUAGAUGAUAAUGUAAAAUCGGCUGAAAUUAAAUUGUGCGCAUUUUUAGUAGAGCAUAAUAUUGCUUUUAAUGCCACGGAACAUCUCGACAGUCUACUUAAAAGUAUUUUUCCCGAUUCACAAAUAUGUCAAAACAUUAAACUUAAGCGAACUAAAGCUACUGCUGUUGUUACUAAUGUUAUUUCACCAUUUACCAAAAAUAGUUUAGUAGAUACUUUAAAAAAUACAAAAUUCUCUGUGAUGAUAGAUGAGUCUACUGAUAUUUCCUGUUCGUCUACCAUGUGUAUAAUUGUGAGGUUUUACUGUCCUAGUCAAAAUGAAAUUGUUAGUCGUUUUUGGGACUUAGUUCAAUUACACGACAAAACCAACUCUGAAGAUAAAGGAGCAACUGCACAAAAUUUAUUUGAUACAUGUAUUAAAACAUUUACUCAACAUACCAUACCACUUAGAAAUAUAAUCGGAUUUGGUUCGGACAGUUGCAAUACUAUGUUUGGAGCUCAUAACUCCGUAUCACAAAAAAUUAAAUUAAAUUUUCCUGGUGUAUAUUUAAUGAAAUGUAUAUGUCAUAGUUUACAUCUUGCAUGUAGUGAAGCCUGCAAAAAGUUACCUACAAGAUGUGAAGACUUGGUUCGUCAAAUUUAUAACUUUUUCAGUCAUAGCUCAAAACGGCAAAGCCAAUUGUAUCAAUUUCAGUCAUUUCUUGACUUACAAGACCAUAAAAUAUUGCAUCCUUCAGCUACAAGAUGGUUAUCAUUAACAUCUGUAGUUAAUAGAAUCAUAGAACAAUGGGAUGCUCUUAGAUUAUUCUUUAAUGACAAAUGGUUGAGUGAAAAAUUAGCAUCAACUAGAAUUAUUUGUGAGCAACUAAAUGACCCAUUUACAAAAGCUUUUUAUCUAUUUAUGGAAUGGGUUUUGCCUAAAUUCACAUUACUAAAUAAAUAUUUUCAAUCUGAAAAAGUCAUAUUGGAUAAAUUACAUGAAAGAAUAAUGGCUGCUUAUAAAGAUUUGCUACUAUGUUUCAUGCAAAGCUCUUACAUUAUGCACACACCUCCAGAAGAAAUAAAUAUAACUGAUAGAAAAUAUUAUCUUCAAUCUAAGGAUAUAUAUUUAGGUAAGAAAUAUAAAAUUACACAUUAUACUUAAACUUAUUGAUCAUUUUUA